UUACCAAAGAGGGUCUUCUCCUGGGGGGGCGAUGGCUGGAGCUGGAUGAGUUUCUCCUCCUCCUACUCCAGACUCUGUAGGUGGCGCUACACUCAUAUGUCCUCACCGUGUUAACCAGUUGCAGUACCACUCCUCGCCGUAGGACGGCGCUGCAGUUUGCUGGGGGUGAAUAUCUCUCCGAUUGUUUUAUAUCGGUCCCCGACUGACAACAAACAUGGACGUCAACUGCACAUUGGUUUGUUGUGAAGAGGAGAGAGAAGACGAUAAAGCUGUUAUUGUUCAGUUCUCUAACGGCAACCUGAGGAACACAGAGCAGCUGAACUUCAGCUUCUAUAAGAACGUGGAUGAGACCAACCCUAGGAAGAAGACCAGACGCAUGCUGGUUGCAGAAUCACAAAGACUCUCCUAUGUUGGGAAUAACUUUGGAACAGAAUCCCUAAAAUGCAACAACCUUUGCAAGUAUUAUGUGGGUGUGCUGAACAAGGAGACCAUGAAGAUGGAGGUGCACAGAGCUCAACUCUUCAACAUGCAGCCGGUCAUCCCAGGGGAGUCGUCGACAGAGAAUGACGCGUCCCAGAACACAGAUCUAACAUACAGGGAAAAGGUGGACUCUCUGAUCGAGGCGUUUGGGACCAACAAGCAGAAGAGAGCUCUGACUUCCAGGAGGCUGAACCAGGUGGGCAGUGAGACCCUGCAGAGCGCUGUAGCAAAGGCUGCCCACUCCGUCAUAGACCAGAAGGGUCUGGAAGCCCUGCAGCAGGAGGUUGUUCAGGCAGAGUCCCAGUCUGAAGUAUCUCAUUACCUUCCUCCCUGCUUCCCCGACGCUGACACACCUCAACACGUCUACCUGUUUGAAGACAUCCUGUCUCCAGUGGAGUACGAUGCCCUGGAUGCUGCUGGCUCUAAGAUGGCCGCCCUGACCCCAGAGGAACUACACAAGAUAACAGAUGGAGGGUGUCUGAGCGUGGUGCGUCAGUUGGAGAGCCUGCCCAGAGAGGGCGUGGCCAGAGAGAGACAGGCUCGCUGUGCUUUCUACCUCCUCCUGCUGAUCAAACUGGCACGGCAGAAAAACAUAACCCGCAAGUUCGGGCAGGAGGAGGGUUGUGUUAAUGUUGUUUUCCAGUCAGGGCAGGAGGAGGGUUGUGUUAAUGUUGUUUUCCAGUCGGGGCAGGAGGAGGGUUGUGUUAAUGUUGUUUUCCAGUCGGGCAGGAGGAGGGUUGUGUUAAUGUUGUUUUCCAGUCAGGGCAGGAGGAGGGCUGUGUUAAUGUUGUUUUCCAGUCAGGGCGGGAGGAGGGCUGUGUUAAUGUUGUUUUCCAGUCAGGGCAGGAGGAGGGUUGUGUUAAUGUUGUUUUCCAGUCAGGGCAGGAGGAGGGCUGUGUUAAUGUUGUUUUCCAGUCGGGCAGGAGGAGGGCUGUGUUAAUGUUGUUUUCCAGUCAGGGCAGGAGGAGGGCUGUGUUAAUGUUGUUUUUCAGUCGGGCAGGAGGAGGGCUGUGUUAAUGUUGUUUUUCAGUCGGGCAGGAGGAGGGCUGUGUUAAUGUUGUUUUCCAGUCGGGGCAGGAGGAGGGUUGUGUUAAUGUUGUUUUCCAGUCGCGCAGGAGGAGGGCUGUGUUAAUGUUGUUUUCCAGUCAGGGCAGGAGGAGGGCUGUGUUAAUGUUGUUUUCCAGUCAGGGCAGGAGGAGGGUUGUGUUAAUGUUGUUUUCCAGUCAGGGCAGGAGGAGGGUUGUGUUAAUGUUGUUUUCCAGUCAGGGCAGGAGGAGGGUUGUGUUAAUGUUGUUUUCCAGUCGGGCAGGAGGAGGGCUGUGUUAAUGUUGUUUUCCAGUCAGGGCAGGAGGAGGGCUGUGUUAAUGUUGUUUUCCAGUCAGGGCAGGAGGAGGGUUGUGUUAAUGUUGUUUUCCAGUCAGGGCAGGAGGAGGGUUGUGUUAAUGUUGUUUUCCAGUCAGGGCAGGAGGAGGGUUGUGUUAAUGUUGUUUUCCAGUCGGGCAGGAGGAGGGUUGUGUUAAUGUUGUUUUCCAGUCAGGGCAGGAGGAGGGCUGUGUUAAUGUUGUUUUCCAGUCGGGGCAGGAGGAGGGUUGUGUUAAUGUUGUUUUUCAGUCGGGCAGGAGGAGGGCUGUGUUAAUGUUGUUUUUCAGUCGGGCAGGAGGAGGGUUGUGUUAAUGUUGUUUUCCAGUCGGGCAGGAGGAGGGCUGUGUUAAUGUUGUUUUUCAGUCGGGCAGGAGGAGGGUUGUGUUAAUGUUGUUUUCCAGUCGGGGCAGGAGGAGGGUUGUGUUAAUGUUGUUUUCCAGUCAGGGCAGGAGGAGGGUUGUGUUAAUGUUGUUUUCCAGUCAGGGC